AGACACACGCAGAGUCAAGCGACCGAGAAGCAUAAAAAAAAGGUUUGGAAAGUGAAAAAAAAAAAAGAGAGAGAAAAAUAGUGUGUAUGAGGGCCGGAAGCCCAAGACCAAGCCCAAGUCCAAACCCAAGCCCAAUACAUAGAUCUCAUACACUGCAUAUAAGUAGAUGGAAUUAUAAUUACUACAAAUUGGUUAAAAGGAGGAAGAAGAAGUAAAAGAGGGCAAAAGAAAGAAAUGAAAGAGUGGAGCGAACUCAUCAAGGCUCCCGAGAUUCCCACUGCUUAAAUUUACGAGCGAGCGAGCGAGCGAUCGACACCACUACCGCAGCAGCUGCAGAAAAAUACGAAAAGCCUUGAAUCUGAAACAAACCCACCAUUUUCAUCCCGAGCUUAGCUUCUCCCACGACCUACCAUGGCCGCUGCCUUGGAGUGCUGGUCGACCCGUGCCGGCGCUUCCGAUGAGGACAUGGUGGAGCAGGUCCUCAUGCGCACCCACGACAGGUCCGAGGUCCUCACUUCUCCGCCGGUGGUGGCGGGGGCUCCCGAUCACACCUCCUCCGCUAUGCAGAAGCGCCUUCAGCGUCUCGGCCGCAACGUCUCCGACGCGAUCGCAUCGCUCAAGAGCUCUCUCACUCUCGACCCGGCGCGCGACAACCAGCCAACAGCCCCCGCCUCCGCCUCCGUCUUCGGCGGACCUCCGCUGUCUAAAACCGAUGGCGGUGGUAGGAAGCUUGUGUGGGCUAGUGUUGUCCGGAACCUUGCUAAGAUGUAUCCCGGCAGCCAGUUGCCGGAGAAGCUCGUCUCGAAUCUCCGGAGGCAUUAUGAUUCCUUGCCCCUCAGUUACAGUCAGGCUGGUUUUGAUAUGAAAGAAGUAUUUCUACACAUUAAAUUGAUAGAGCAAGCUUCUGGAGACGAAAAUCCUGCGUUUAUGAUUCAAGAAGUGUCUGAUGGUGAAGCUCAGGGUUUGGUGUUCAAGUUUACCUUUGCCUCUAACUCGUCCCUUUCAUGGUCAACAAUGUCAGGGGCCCUUGAUAGUGCUUCGAUUUGUUGUAAGAAGAUACAGAUCUUCGAGAAGAAGGGGUUGACUCUUGGGGUUGUUCUUCUUGUUGUUCAAUCGGGACAAGAGAAGCUGUUCAAAGCCCGGAUAGAAAAUGCCCUCAAAUCUGCAGUCAGGAAGCCUAAACUGACCUCUGUGAAGCUACCAUUUGGGCUUUGCGGUUGUCAAGAACAGAACACAAGGUUAGGAGAACUCGGGGAUGUUGAAGAAGAAUCCAUUGAGUCGAGUUAUCGACUAGGGAUUGAAAAUUCAAACACAAGGAUUCAGCUUCAAAUGCCACUUCCAAGCUCUUCGUUUACUGUAUCAGUAGAUGAAUGGCAGACCAUCCAAUCGAGUUGCGAUGAGAUUGGGAAAUGGCUAUUGAAUUCUGAUUAUCUUGAGUUUGGUGAUCAGAUUGGACCAAAUUCUUUCAGAGGAGUUUACAGAGGAAAAAGAGUGGGCAUCGAGAAACUAAAAGGCUGUGAAAAGGGGAAUUCUUAUGAGUUUGAGCUUCGAAAAGAUCUAUUGGAGCUGAUGAUUUGUGGACACAGGAACAUUCUACAGUUUUAUGGUGUUUGCAUUGACGAAAAUCAUGGGUUGUGUGUCAUAACCAAAUUGAUGGAAGGCGGAUCACUCCAAGAGUUGAUGUUGAAGAACAAGAAGCUUCAGACUAGGGAGAUAUUGCGAAUUGCAAUUGACAUUGCUGAAGGGAUAAAGUUUAUAAAUGAUCAUGGUGUUGCUUACAGAGACCUUAACACUCGGAGAAUAUUACUAGAUAAGCAUGGAAAUGCCUGUUUGGGAGAUAUGGGAAUAGUCACAGCAUGCAAGAGUGUUGGCGAGGCUUUGGAGUAUGAAACAGAUGGCUAUCGGUGGCUUGCUCCCGAGAUAAUUGCUGGUGACCCAGAGAACAUAACGGAGACUUGGAUGAGCAAUUCGUAUAGUUUUGGAAUGGUUGUAUGGGAGAUGGUGACAGGAGAGGCGGCGUACGCCUCUUGCUCGCCAGUGCAGGCGGCGGUUGGGAUAGCAGCAUGUGGUCUGCGACCCGAUAUCCCCAAGGAUUGCCCUCAAGUCCUGCGAACUCUGAUGACCAAAUGCUGGAACAGUUCCCCCUCCAAACGGCCAAACAUCUCUGAUAUUCUGUCCACGUUGAUCCGCGCCUUUUCACGUGAGUUGAAGCGUUGGGUGACAUGUGCGGCAGAUAUCUGCAGUGAAGGGUAUUUGUCCUCGAAUGGUCAAAGAGAAGAAGGCCUCGAUUCAACAAAACAAACAAUGCACUUGUGCCAAGACAAGAGCGCAUUCCCCUGGAGAAUGUAUAACACAGAGGCAAGUUGGAGAGAGCGUUUGGUUUGCAAGGCCCAUUGAUUUCCACAGUCAACUUCCAUCCCCCAACACAGCUGCUUUGGUUUCGCCCCCAUCUUCUCUAAUUUCAAGCAUCACAGACACAGGGUUCCAACCCCCAAGUACACAUAUUACCAGACUUGGACUCAAUAAAUAGAUGAAAUUGAGCCCACAAAAAACAACCAAAGCUCCAAGGAAUUAAUUGGGCCUAUUUGUAUUUGGGCUUUUUAAUUAAUGGAGAGAGAUCUAAACCACAAGCAAAUGUUGCAGAUAAAAA